GCGUGUGGCGGUGGGAAGACUUGACUUGUUUUACGCAGGCGUACGCCGAACACGCUUGUGUACUCAUAUGACAGUUCAGUGACCAGAAGUGACUUAGCUCAUCAGUGUGGGACCACUCCACUCCCUUGUGGCCACCGCAUCGCAACAUCCCACAUCUCCUCUUGACCAUUUUUGCCGUGUUUUGACGAAGCGCUUUUGACGCUUAUUUUCGACGCCUUCAAAGGGAAUACACUUUUUUGUUAACUUUGGGUUUACCAGUUGAGUUGAAUAUGCCAGCUGAUACCAUGGAGAAAACGACAGCAUCCCCAAUUGCUGGGGCUCCUGCCAGCGGAACCCACACUCCGGAUAAACCAAAGAAUGCCAGUGAGCAUAGAAAGUCGUCUAAACCUAUCAUGGAAAAACGUCGCAGAGCGAGAAUAAACGAAAGCCUGGCUCAACUGAAGACCCUCAUCCUUGAUGCACUUAAAAAAGAUAGUUCUAGACACUCGAAGUUGGAGAAAGCUGACAUUCUGGAAAUGACAGUGAAGCACUUGAGGAACCUGCAGCGCGUGCAGAUGACUGCUAUGUCAACAGACACAGCCGUCCUGAGCAAAUACCGUGCAGGAUUCAACGAAUGCAUGAACGAGGUGACCCGCUUCUUGUCCACCUGCGAGGGAGUGAACACCGAGGUCCGCUCUCGCCUGCUCAACCACCUGUCAGGAUGCCUGGGCCAGAUGAUCGCCAUGAACUACCCGCAGCCAUCUCCCGCUCAGCAAGCCCACUUGGCGCAGCCUCUCCACGUGCAGUUACCCUCCACCUUGCCCAUCAACAGUGCCUCCCCGGUGGGUUCCAAACUCAGCCCUGCCGAGGCUGUGUCGCCGAAAGUCUUCGGUGGAUUCCAGCUGGUACCUGCGACCGAUGGACAGUUUGCCUUUCUCAUCCCCAACCCCGCUUUCGCCUCUGCUUCAACCCCAGUCAUCCCCCUUUACGCCAACGCUGCCGGUGUCCCAGUAUCGGUGAACGCCAGCCCCGUCCAUGCCAGCUCGGCGCCCACAGUAGCAUCCCCCAUUCAGGGCAUGACAUCCUUCGCCAGUGUGUCACAGGCCGUCAGUCCGGUCAGUGUGAGUGGUGGGACGGACAACGAACCAGUGUGGCGGCCCUGGUAGAUCAUCUUGUCAGAGACUGGACUUUAUAAGUAGCUUUUCAUGAUGGAGAUACUAUUCAUAUAUCGUUCCGUUGUAGGAACAACAUUGCCUUCUUUUUGGAUACAGCUUGUGAUAAAAAAAAGUGUUUGUUAUCGAAUUCCAACAUUUGGAUGUUUGGUGAUAAAUAUAAUGCUGUGUUUUCAGUAGAAGAAAAAGUGAAGUGUUUAUCUUUGGAUAUACGUUUUAUAUAAAAGAUUUAGUUUUGUACACAUGUUGUUUAUGCCAAAGGUGUUUUUUGCUUGUUCUGUUUUGUCUAAAACGUUUAUUGUUGAACAAAAUAAAUAUGAAAUUUAA